AGUUUACGCCACGUCACGUAAACUAUUUCCAGUGUCCCCAUUAUUCAUCUCAUUUCCGCCGUACAUUAUAGUGGAGCUCCGUCAGCAUUAUCCAUCCACACACACAGACACACCGCGUCGGAGAAGAGAACACUGUUUUCCAGUCUCCGCCACCGGAGCGUGAGAAAUACGUUUCUCUCUUAGUCCCACACGAAACGUUUCUCUCCAAUUCUUGUAAUUUUUUUCAGUUUUGUUUGGGGGGUCUCGUACCAUGGUUUAAUAUGCAUUCGGAAUCAGACAAGGAUUUAGGAACAAGCCUCAAACUCACAAAUGCAGCUUUAUCUAUGGGUAUCAUUCCAACCAUAGAAAACUCAAAGCAAACGUCGCAGUUUGAUUUCAAGCUGUUGGGAUGGUCCCUUCUUUCCUUUGUACCUUGGGCUAUUAAAGCUAAAGAUAAUACUCAAACACUGACUGUGCUAAACAAAAAUCCGAAAAUUUCAGAUGUUGAUUUAGGAGCGAGUUUUAAACCUAUGGAUGCUGUUAUGUCUAUAGAUUCUACUGCUAUAGAAAAGCCAAAGCAAAAGCUUCAUUUUGAUAUGCAGCAAUUGAGAUUGUCUUUCCUCUCAUUGCUACCUUGGUCUGUCGAUGCUAAACAUAAUAUUCAAACACCAACAACCAUAAACAAAGGGUUGAAAAGGCGAGCACAAUCUCGUGGUGUUGUUGAAAAUGGUGGUACUACUCGCACUUCUUUGCGCUUUAGACCAUACAUCUCUAAGGUUCCAUGGCAUACUGGUCCGAGAGGCUUUCUUUCUCAGCUAUUUCCACGUUACGGGCAUUAUUGUGGACCCAAUUGGUCAAGCGGAAAAGACAACGGAUCUCCUCUUUGGGAUAAGAGGCCGAUAGAUUGGCUGGACUAUUGCUGCUACUGUCAUGAUAUCGGUUAUGACUCUCAUGACCAGGCUAAACUGUUGAUGGCAGAUUUAGAAUUUCUUGAAUGCUUGGAGAGGCCAAAUAUGGUUACCAAAGGAGAUACACAUGUUGCUUAUGUUUAUAGGACAAUGUGCACAACAGGGCUCAGGAAUUUCCUAAUACCAUACAGAACACAGCUUGUGAACCUACAGUUGGGACAAUACAUGCUUAAUUUUGGAUGGCUGAGCAAUAUGAAAUGGCUAGUUUGGAAAUGGCAGAAACCAUCAUCAUGAUCAAAAGAUCAGAGAAGCUGCUAGCAUCACGAUUAACGGUGAAUCCAUUUUCUCUAAGUUAAUAAAUUGUGCUGUUUCAGAAAUUCAUCUUUGUAAAUUUUAUCUGAUGUUUUCAGAAUUGUAUGUAAUGUAAAUAACUUUUUAAUCAACUCUACGUUUUGCAUGCCAUUGCCCUGUUUUGUUUGUUAAAUGAUAUGGCAACAUUGUCUACUCUAUCAUGUAGAACCUGUAUAAUUUAGUCUAAUAAUGAUUAGGAUUUUCCUUGAGCAA